AUGACUUCUCCAUCAAUUCAAAAAGAUAUUAUUAAAAUUGCUGCUUUGAAAACUACUAAAACAAUUAUUAAUGAUCUUGGAGACGAAUUGUUUUCUAUUCUUGCUGAUGAAUCAAGAGAUAUAUCUAAUAAGGAGAAAAUGAUUGUUAUUUUGCAUUAUGUUAACAAAUAUGGAAGUAUUGUAGAACGGUUUUCAGGUAUUGCUCAUGUUAAAACUACAACAUCCAUAUCACUGAAAACGUCCAUAAAUGAUCUGCUAUGUAAACAUGGAUUCACUACUUCAAGAAUUCGAGGACAAGGUUAUGAUGGUGCUAGAAACAUGCAAGGUGAUAUUUAUGGUCUUAAGAGUUUAAUUUUAAGGGAAAGCCCAUGUGCAUUUUACGUACAUUGUUUUGCUCAUCAAUUACAACUUACAUUAGUUGCUAUUGCUAAAGCCCACCUUCAAGUUUGCCCUCUUUUUAGCUUUGUUCGUGAUACAUUGGAAAAUGGAGAAAUUAUUAGUGGAAAAGGUUUGAAUCAAGAAACUAGUCUCAAGCGACCUGCUGAUACACGUUGGAGUUCUCACUAUGCAACUUUGGUGAAUUUAAUUUUGAUGUAUAGUUCUGUUACCGGAGUUCUUGAAAUGUUGAAAGAAGAAGUAUCUGCUCAAGAUGCAAGAGCCAAAGCGAAUGGUCUUUUAUUUUUAAUGGAUAAAUUUGAUUUUGCACUCACUUUGCACUUUAUGAAAAAUGUCUUAGAUAUUUCAAAUGAGUUGUCACAAUCAUUGCAAAAGAAAGAUUGA